AUGUCAAACUCGCCGUCCGUUCCCGAAGAUACCUUGCCUAGUCCCCUGGUGACACCUGCUACACCGGCCCAACAUGAUUGCUCCAAUAUCAUCGGGGGUGGCCCACGUCACCAUUUGCCGCAAGCUCAUUUGUCUCGGGGCUCUGGGGAGGUUUUAUCACCGUCGCGCGCGGAAUCCCCCACCGCCCAUUCCUGGUCUCAGCCCGUCUCCCGAAUAUUCCCUCUAAAAAGAACCGCUACCACACCUCCGGAGAACACCGCGCAGCCUGAUAUUGUCUACAGGCCUCAACUGUCCGAACGUGACAGUAUCUUCGCUACUCAUUACCUCCCCUCUGAUAGUGCCGCCACUACCCCACAACUACCCCCCGAAAAGGCCUUGGGCAAUGAACGCCAGGUCAACUUGAUUCCUAGCCUUGACGAUGCAUCCGUGUCUCCAAGUGCAUUCUCCAAGGUCUCUCCCCAUCGUUAUAGCGUCGACCCUUCCCGCAUGGAAGUUGACGUCCACAGAACCUCUCCGUUGCGUUCCUCGACCCUCUUCUCAUCCACCGACCUCCCUCGUUUGUCUCUGCUGCGCACAUCGACCUCGCCGACUGGUCGCUCAAAGAAAACCGAGGUAGAGACGUGUGCGCCGCCUCAUUUGGCCGGAUCCCAGCGAUACAAGGUGCCAUGGGAUAACACAGGUACGAAGACCAGUCGGUUCCAAGGCACUUUACCUGAGCGGAAAUUGUUCCCGUCUGCAUUAGAUGAUGUCUCCCGUACCUCUCACUCUUUGACUAUCCCAACCUCUGGCCACGAGGGCUCUCAGAUCAGUCAGGAUCUCUUAUCAUACAGUCCGAAAGAAGAAAAACCUCAGGCCCCUGUGGCGCUUGAGCGAAGCCCCAGCAGAGGCCGUCGUGGCCGAGUUGACAGCUCGAUUGAGGCCAAUUUUACCAACCCGGAGCCGGCCUCUAAUGUGCGCAGCCGUAAGUCUAGCCACUACCUGGGCCUUUUCAAAGAAAACACUACUUCUUCGCCGGAUCGCAAACGACGGGAGGAUCGCGGCCGACCACAAGAUGAGACGUUGGAGUCGAAGGAUCGCAUCAUGGAACAUGAACAAGAAUCAUAUCGCUCAGAGCAGGAAACGUCGCUUCAUAAAAGCACAUCACUCUCCGCACUUGGCGAUGCGCCGUCUUUCCAACCUCCCCCGGCUGAAUUAUCUCAGACCACAUACGAUGAUGACCCCUCCAAGCGUGGCCCUACAGCCUUGCCUCGCAGCUUGCUAGAGGAGAUCCGAAACUUUCAUCUCACGCCUGGUGGUAGCCAUGGGUCCUCUUUCUCAAGAAGCAUUCCAACUCAAUAUUCAGAGCGCGCCCGUGACUACUUCCAGAGCGAUCUUCAUGCCGAGGUAUCCCCGUCUAACUCUUUCGAGGAAGAGGAGCGUGGUCAGGUUGAGGAGGAAGAAAACGAGCAGAUUUCUUCUGCCGUUUACUUCCCUCACGAGCGUACGGUACCUGAUGGGGUUGAGGGCCUGCAACAAUUUCCCGAUAGCCCUCUUCAUGUACAGCCGGGUCAGCUGUCGGCUGCGGAGAAAGGUCAUGAGCUGAUGUUAGUACCUCAAGAGCGUAGCGAUUCUCCCAAAAAGGAAAUCAGCCAUGUGGAUAUAUCCUUUCGAUCUAAGAAUGAAAGUAAGAUCCUUUAUGGCGAUAUCCAUUCUCAACGAGAGAAUGUGCCAGAAAAGCCUUUGAGUACCAUCUCUGAAUGCAGCGAUUCAAUCUACGAUUCCGAAGUCGAACCCCAAUCAGCGGAUGAAAGUAUCCCAUCUGCUGACGAGGUGGAAACCCCGAGUGCCACACCCACCCAGCCUUCUCGGCUUCUCUCUCGUCCCAAACCCCCGCCCCCGGGGCCUCUUGGUGCCGUGGAAUUGAAGCCCUAUCGACAUCAGGUUGGCGGGCACACAACUGUUUUCCGCUUUUCCAGACGCGCUGUAUGCAAGCAGUUGAACAACCGAGAGAACGAGUUCUACGAACGCAUUGAACUGAGGCACCCAGAUAUGUUGGUAUUUCUUCCCAAGUACAUCGGAGUGUUGAAUGUCACCUUUUCGAAGACAUCCAAACGAAAGGACCAGGUCGAUUCUGCCGAUAAAAUAAUUCCAGAUCCGACAGCCAAUGGAACUUCAACGCCCAGCUCUGAGCCUCCAGAGUCAGCAAAGCAACAACCGCCACAGCGAAUUGUUAGCCAGUCCCAAGUCACAGGAGUCAUCCCCAAGGUCAUUCUUGAGAACAAUCGCCAUAUAAUUCCUGCCGAUCUUUUUACCCGUCAGCAGCGACCGCGGACAGCAGAUGCUUCAAUGAGCCGCGCACGAUCCGUUGACGGUCUGAAAGGUAUGUCAGCGGAGUCUGAUACAUCGCCUAUGAGUAAGCGGGCCAAGAUCUGGGGCGCCACGACCGUCAAUCUCAAGCUUCAGGAGCAGGUUCUCCGCGAGGUAUUCAGCCCUCCUGCCAUUCAUCAUCAUCGUCGACAUGCUCGUGGUCAUGUCCAUUUGCCAAGAGCUAAUUCCGAUAUGCCGGGCGCCACCCACCGUCGAGAGAAUCUAUCAGAAGACUGCACAGCUACCAAUCAACGACCAGUCCCUAGCCCAGUCGCGGCGCUAAAGACAGAAGCGAUUGACAUAAAGGUGACUCCUAGUGAAGGCUCUGCUCUUUCAUCGUCGGCUUCGACUGCCCUAGAAGCCAAUCAAAACCGCCUAGAGAAGAUCCGGACCGAAGAGCCUGACCGAGCAAGCUCGCUCUCUCGGGUUCACCACCCAAGACGGCGUCAUUCCGGGAGUGGCCUUCGGAGACGUGGUACCAUGGACUCUAACAACAAUGGGGAACUCAUGUUCUUCGAUGACGAUGAUUAUGGCGGUGACAAGGAGGAUGGGAUUUUCUCCAUGGAAGCCGAUGCCUCAAUGUCGAAUGGUUCCUCCACGGUCCCAGUGUCGGAAAAUAACUCGACCAAUGGUGGCCACGCAACCGAAGCUGCUUUCGGUAGAACUUCUGAUCCAACGCGCUUCAAACCACAGGAACCUAUCAACACGAUCUUGCCCAGCAACCCCAAAGAGGCGCAGCUGAGAAAGGACGAAAGAGUGCAGUUCUUCCUCCUCCUUGAGGAUCUGACAGCUGGUAUGAAUAAACCAUGCGUGCUGGAUUUGAAGAUGGGCACCCGACAAUAUGGUAUCGAGGCGAAUGAGAAGAAGAAGAAGUCUCAGCGACGGAAAUGUCAGUCCACUACUUCGCAGCAGCUGGGUGUGCGGCUCUGUGGCAUGCAGUCCUGGAACGUCAAGAAGCAGGAGUACAUGUUUGAAGACAAGUAUUUCGGGCGAGAUUUGAAAUCUGGUCGUGAGUUCCAGGAUGCGCUGACUCGAUUCCUAUACGAUGGUGUCAGCUAUGCCAGUGUUGCUAAAAAGAUCCCUGUCAUUCUGGAGAAAUUAGCUUUGUUAGAGCACAUGAUUCGACAGUUGAGUAGCUACCGGCUCUAUGCUAGCAGUCUGUUGAUUCUUUAUGACGGAGAACCACAAUCUCCACCUCAGCAAGAACCGCCGCGUUCUAAAAAUGGAAACCAUGCAGACGGCCAGAGCAAACUGAACGUUCAACUGAAGAUUGUCGAUUUCGCUAAUUGCAUCACUGGCGAGGACAAGCUUCCUCCGGAUACGCCAUGCCCACCUCACAGCCCGCACGACAUUGAUCGUGGAUAUCUGCGUGGCCUCCGCACACUCCGAAUGUAUUUCCAGCGAAUUAUGAAGGAGGUCAGUCUGGAGGAAUUCGUGGAACGAGGUGAAGGUGAAGCCAUCGCGCUGGGCUCUCAACCCGAGGCUCGUGAGCGACCCUCUUCUCAAUAUUGGGAUGAGACCAUGAUAGAAACCGACGCGGGCGAAGUCAGUUUCUAG